AACUCUGUCAUUGGUCAUCCCCUCAGUCCAAGAGGAAAAUACUUACUAUUGAAAACAUAACACCGUUGGCUUCAAUCCCACUUAAUUGUUUCAUAUUCAGUCAUUUCUCUCAGGAUAUAUGUCCACGUGGUAGUUUUGUAGAGGCCACCAGGUGCGUCUCACGGAUAGAAAACAUGGGUCGCUUUCUGAACGUGCUGCGGAGCUGGUUGUUGAUGGUCUCCGUCAUCGCGAUGGGAAACACCGUGCAGAGUUUCAGAGAUCACAGUUUUCUGUCAGAGAAGCUCUACACAGGCGCACCAGAGUUUGUGAAUGGUCUCCAAGCUCGAACAUUUGGUAUUUGGACGUUGCUGUCGUCGAUCAUCCGCUGUUCCUGUGCCAUCGAUAUCCAGAACAGAACGCUGUAUCACGUCACCUUGUGGACAUUUGUGCUGGCGUUGGGCCACUUCCUGUCUGAAGCCUUCAUUUACAAAACUGCUCCUCUGACUAUCGGGGUCAUGGCACCUCUCAUUGUGGCAAGUUUCUCCAUCGUAGGAAUGCUGAUUGGAUACCAGUGUAUCCCAGAGUCACAAGAGGAGGUCGGUGCAAGACACAAGAAGCGUAACUGAAUCCUGGCGGUUUUGAUUUUCCUCCCACCUCCAUAAUGACCACUAGUGGACCGGUCCGAGUGUGCUGCUUCUUGCCUUGAAGAGAAUGACAUCUGGUUGUACAUUGAUUUAUGUAACACUUUCUACAGACUAUGUACAACUUCAUCUGGGCUGUAUUUUAUGUUUUUUAACUGACAUUUUAAAGUUCACAGAGCAAUCAAAAACGGUUUUACAGAAAGUCGGGUCAUACAUGGAGGUUUCAUUUAGGUCAUUUUGUAGUAUCUGAACUGUCAGUCCUGAAGGAUGCUCAUGAAGUUAAUGUGUUUCCAAGCUCAAAGGUUAAUUCAGUGUAGAUUUUUUUUUAAGGAUGUUUUAUUUCUCCAGACUACCACUUCCUACACAUUUUUUUUAUUCCUGAUCUGACAAAGAACUCAGCUGACUAUAUAGUAAACAACUAUGCUCGCAAUUACAAAGUCUACUAUUCCUAUUAACCAGUUCUUCUUGCUGUUGGUUCUGUGCUGUGAAAUGUUUGUGCACCCUUUCAAUUCAUGCACAAUUAUUGUCCUAUAAAACUUUAAAAAAUGAAA